UUGGAAGGCAAUUAUCCUAACCGUUGGACUACAAACGCUUGUUGAUUGAAGCUUUCACAUUAAUCUCUAAAUCAAUACAUUUUCUGAAGCAAGUAAGUAAAAACUAGAGCUCCAAAAAUUAGAAAAAAAACUCAGCCACUUCACCUCUGAGUUGUAUGUAUCAGAAAGAAACAAAUCGGAGUGUCGCUGAACUCAACUUGCCGGAAAACGCCGUCGAAAUUGAGUCGUCGACCACCAGAAACAAUUAGAAUGGAUGAGCAGCAUCGGAAUCAGAAAAACAAAUACAGUAUAAUCGUUCCUACGUAUAAUGAACGACUCAACAUCAGUCUCAUUCUUUACCUUAUAUUCAAACACCUUUCAGAUGUUGAUUUUGAAGUUAUUGUUGUGGACGACGGAAGUCCUGAUGGUACUCAGGAGGUUGUAAAACAACUGCAGCAGGUUUAUGGAGAAGAUCGGAUUUUGUUAAGAGCCAGACCUAGGAAGAUGGGUUUAGGAACGGCUUAUAUUCAUGGCAUGAAGCAUGCAUCUGGAAAUUUUGUUGUCAUUAUGGAUGCUGAUCUAUCACACCAUCCAAAAUAUUUGCCAGGCUUCAUUAGAAAGCAGUUGGAAACUGGUGGUGAUAUAGUUACAGGGACUCGUUAUGUUAAAGGCGGUGGUGUGCAUGGAUGGAAUCUUAUGCGGAAACUGACAAGCAGGGGAGCUAAUGUUCUUGCACAAACACUUUUAUGGCCCGGUGUCUCAGAUUUGACAGGGUCUUUUCGACUUUAUAGGAAAUCAGCGCUUGAAGAUAUCAUUAGUUGCUGCGUUAGUAAGGGAUAUGUCUUUCAAAUGGAAAUGAUAGUUCGAGCAUCCAGAAAAGGCUACCAUAUUGAAGAGGUUCCAAUCACGUUUGUUGAUAGAGUUUACGGAAGUUCAAAGCUUGGUGGAUCGGAGAUCGUUGAAUACCUAAAAGGCCUAGUAUAUCUUCUGAUGACAACAUAAAAAGAUAAAUGAUAACAACUCAUGUAUGUCUUUCAUGUAUGUCUUCGUAGUUUGUGUAUUUAAGUUUUGUAGGAAGCAUCUUAUUGAAUAACCCGGGUAUAUAACUCUUGGAAAAUAUUGAUGAUAUGAUUUAUUUUGGUUUA